GCCUUUUGAUAUUCAGUCAGAAACUCCUAUCCUUUGUCGCGUGAUCUUUGUUAAACUGAGUUCUUUUGUCAUGAGUUCAUUUGUCUGCGGCUGGGGAGCACACAGCUCGUCACACCGCAGAUGCGCAGGUGGAAUGUAAAUAUCCACAGCAGUAGCAACUAUGGAAGGAACAACCAACCCUUCGUACUAUUCGGAGGGAGACCAGUGCGGAACACCGUCAUCCACCGCCAGCCCGAAACCUCGCCAGCGGAUCCCUCGGAUCUUGAGCAGCCCUACGGGUGACGCUGGAGACGGUACCAUCUACCGGUCGUCAUGGGUAGGGAUGGACGAGAACGCCGUGCAAGUGCGGUCCAACCACAUCUUCUGGCGGGUUUUCCGUCUGACCUCCUUGGGAGUGAUCACGGUGAGCUGGUUGGCGGUGCUCUUAGCGGCUGUCGCGAUGAUUGCUUGGGGAGAUGCCGGCCAGGGUAGCCGGUGCAUGGCCAAAGAACAUUGGUUUGAUGUUGCGGUUGGUUAUCAGAUCGUCCCUGCUUCGUUUCAGGACAGCGACGGAGAUGGUUAUGGCGAUUUGAAAGGAAUUAUUUCUCGGUUGGACUAUCUGGAUUAUUUGGGUGUAGAUGCCAUCUGGUUAGGUCCGGUGUUUCAGUCAGCUCAUAAGGAUCUAUGGUUGGACGUCACCGACCUCACUGCAGUCGAUGGAGUCUUCGGCACAAUGCAAGAUUUCGAAGAAUUUGUGACAGCCGUGCAUAACCGAAGCAUGAAGCUGAUUUUAGAGUUUAUCCCUAAUCAUACCAGUGAUCAGCACCCUUGGUUCCAGGACAGUCGACAGGGUCAAAACAAUGAUUAUAGCGAGUACUACAUUUGGGCCGACGGCACCAACGGUCGGCCUCCACAGUACACGAUGGGCAGUGAUUGGGAAACUCCGUGGUCCUGGGAGUACGACCCGACCCGACGCCAGUGGUACCUCUCCUCCACGACGGAGGAGCCUGAUCUGAAUUACAGAAAUCCUGCAGUGGUCAGCGCCAUUAAGGACGCCUUGAAGUUUUGGCUGGAGAAGGGUGUGGACGGGUUCUUCAUGCGCCAUGCAGAUCGCCUGAUUGAACCUUGGAUGCUGGCCGAUACCCCGGGAAAUACUGUGCAGCUCGGAGAUGGUGCUACGCGUAAUGACAAUGGCACAUCGCAAGCAAGAGAGGAGAUCCUGAAUGUGAUCAUUGGCUGGCGCCAACUUCUCGAUGAGUAUGAAUCGUCGAAUUCGAAACUUCUCGUUGUCGACACCGGCACUGAUCCUGCCCUAGCGGCCAUGGUCUCUUUUAACAUAUCCCAGGAGCUGGGCAAGGCUAACCUGCCAUUCAACUUCAUGUUCCUGGACAUGACCUCGCCCCUGAAUGGACAUCAGUUACGUACGGUAAUCGAAAGUUGGAUCGAUUCUGGACCCAUGCACAGUUCAAGACACUGGGCGGUGGGCUCGGCAGACGUGAGCCGGGCCGCGUCCCGCUACGGCGAACGCAUCUCCCGUGUCAUGCUGUUCCUAAUGCUGAUGCUGCCCGGCUCUCCGCUGUUGUAUUACGGCGACGAGAUUGGGAUGACAGACGGGCAGAAAGUGAACGACUCCAUCGCGAAUGAUAAUGCUGCUGAAGCGAUGAGAUCAGACAGGGAGCUAACUCGUUCUCCUAUGCAGUGGUCCCCUGACAUCUAUGCUGGUUUCACCAAUGCAUCGUUGUCCGAACCCUGGGUCCCUGUUGGCGUAAACGCCACUAAAACCAACGUCGAGCUACAAAAACUACACAAAAAUUCUACCCUUGCCUUCAUCGAGCGAACCAUCCAGUACCGAAGAGACAACACCGAUCUAUUCGGAAUCGGUUACCAGGAGUCGUUUCGCCUCCAGGCAACCUUCAAGGAAGUCUUAGCCUUCACAAGGGAGUCACCAUCGGGCGGCCAAGCCACAGCUAAGGCGGUGUUCGCUGCCGUCAAUGUGGCAGAAUACGAGGUUUCCGAGAAUUUCGAAUCUCGCGAGGAACAAAUUCCAGGCGCUGGUAAUGUCGUGGUGGCAACCAACAUGAGUCGUGUAGGAGAAUCGAUUAGUUUUUCAAAGCUUUUAUUACGAUCUGAGGAAGCCAUUUUAAUUCAAUAUGAGCCCUUGCCUAAGCCUGACGGUUUCAGUAAGCCAUAGGGCUAUCCGUGUAAAAGCACGGAGAUUUUGUGCAUGUAUUCCCGAUAGGCAUAAGUUGGUCUCACAACAUUUAUCACAAAAAUUGGACAGGCGUCAAUAUCGACACAAAUCUAUUUUUUGUACUCUAAGGCGCUUUUAGAUCGGCAUUUUCUUUUAAAUUGAAACGUUUCAAGCCUUACCUAACGUUUUUUAUAAUUUCUCUCUGAGUGCAAAAGAGAGAAAACUCAUUCUCAAAAAGAGUAAGUCCCUUACACAAUCACUCCAAUAAAGUGAAAACUGCUUUUUCAAGACUGAAUUUUCCACUUUUUGCCUUUCGGGAGUUGGUGGAUCCGACCGAUAAUUUCCUCAGGGAAGGUUGAGAACAGACCUUCCGCACUGCAGUCAUUUUGAGAGAUCACUGUAGUAUUACAAAUAAACUUAUUAAGUGGGUUGAUCAUUAAAAAAAAAAAAGGAUUUGAGAUGGUUCGAGAAUAAUGGUAAACAUUUCUCUGUUCUCUCAUUUCACAUCAGUAAGGUGAUUCUUGAGUCACGCACGACUUACCAGAACAAUCUUAUUAUUGACGCCAUUUUGGAUUAUCCCCUGAGACGUAUUCAGUGAUGUAGAUUAUGAUCUUCCUUACGCCCAAACUUUGCAAGACGAAAGCACUGUCCGUUGUCUUGUUUUAUUUCUGGUCGAUUCUCAGGGGGGUCUCCCAGUCAGUCGCUAAUUAAAUUCUUUUGUGACCUGAGACUCCCUCCACCCUCCUAAAAUAAUUAUGUAAUUCGCUUUUUUUUAACCAGUUCAGGGUUUUUUCAGUUCAGAGCUUUAAAGUAAAACAUUUCUGAUGAGAAGAAAACUUCACUAAAACUGCAUUGACUUAUGAGUUCUAUCCUGCAGCAAAUUACCUUACUUGACUUGUUUCCACUGGUAAGGCUCUUUAGAAGUUAAAAGAAUUUAACUGGACUAGGAGUCUAGGAUCCCUUAUGAAAUCCGAGGUAGGAGUUAAAAAUCAGUGGAAAUAGGCCUAAGUGUACUUUUAAGGUAAUUAGGAGUCGCAUGCUGCUAUGGCAGGCCAAUGACAUCAAGGCAUUCCCGCAGUGGUGUAUUUGGGGUGGUGCAUUAUUUUUUUGUUACCUUUUAAAAAUGAGAUUACUUCAUACGGGAGUAGGAAAGAAGCUAAUCGGUGUAUUUAUUUAUCAAAUAAAUAUUUUUCUCCCCAUUACUAUGUUGAAUGAGCCCAAAAGUGAAUUUGCUUUUGAAUUUCCCCACCCCACACCGAAAGAUGGAUACGCCAUUGCAUUCCUGAAUUAUAUGCAAGUUUCAGUGGCUUCCUUAAUUCGCCAAUCUACGUGUGCAUUAUUUUAAGUCCCAAGUAUAGAGAUAUAACGCGUGGAACGUGUAAAGAUGAAACUCGAAUUGAGAAGUGGCGAAUGUGAGCCACCGUAUUUGGCGGUCGCAUGAAGCAAUCAUUUCUCACCGUGCUGUGGGAAUUCCACUUUUAUCAAUAGCGCUCAUGUAAGAAACGUCUAGAAAGACCCAGAACAUCAAACACGUCCCAUGAAAGCUGGGCAAAUUAAUCUCAUUGGCUGCUCAGCCAAGCGAAAUGGCAAUGUCAAUAUCUGUAUAUACCAACCGGGGGAGAUUUCCUGACGUCAUACAAAAUGGAAACCGCGUUUUGUCCUGUGAUUGGACCAUGACUUUCACGGCCUGUUAAUACACGUCACGUAAGCUUGUAAACGUCUACCUUUCAGUCACCCCUCGAGGCCUCAGACGUCUUUCAAACAUCGGACGUCCAGUGACGUGAGUGUGGAGCUCCGCGAUAUCUCUUGCAU